AUGAUGAGGGCUGAGAACCUCUCUGCAAUCACAGAAUUCAUUUUGGUAGGACUCACCAACCACCGCAAGACACAGAUUCUUCUCUUCCUGAUCAUUCUCCUCAUCUACACCCUCACAGUUGUGGGGAACCUCGUGAUCAUCAUGUUGGUACGAGGCGACUCCUCCCUCUGCACCCCUAUGUACUUCUUCCUCUCAAACCUUUCAGUUCUGGAGAUCCUGUAUGUCACCUCCAGCAUGCCCCAGAUGCUGGCUCAUCUCUUGGCUGGAAACGGAGCCAUCUCCUUCACCCGGUGUGCUUUUCAAAUGUACAUGGUGAUUUGCUUGGGUAGCGUAGAGUGUUUUCUGCUGGGCGCCAUGGCUUACGACCGCUACUUGGCCAUCUGCUACCCUCUGAGAUAUGUCAUCGCCAUGGGCAGGUGGCGUCAGGUUCAGCUUGCCUCAGGUUCUUGGGCAAGUGGGUUCCUUCUUGCGUCAAUAAAUGUGGGUAUUACCCUUCACCUUCCCUACUGUGGCCCCAACCGCAUUAAUCAUUUUUUCUGUGACAUGCCCAUUGUGUUGAAACUUGCAUGCACUGACGUACGUGUGACAGAGCGCACCAUUAUUAUAUUGGCUGCUCUUAUCAUUGUCAUUCCCUUCUUUGUUAUCCUUGCAUCUUACAUGCUCAUAUUAUCUACUGUGGUGCGUAUGCGAUCAGCUGCUGGACGGCGCAAGGCCUUCUCCACGUGUGCCUCCCACUUGCUCGUGGUCAUCUUGUUCUAUGGCAUCCUUAUCUUUGUGUACCUGACACCCGGGUCAGACGCCACUCCUGAUCGUGACAAAGAACUUGCGGUCUUAUAUAUCGUGGUCACCCCAUUGCUCAAUCCUAUCAUUUAUACCUUACGCAAUAAGGACAUCCAUGGGGCUGUGUCCAGAAUGCUGCAAAGAUGGGGCUUUAAACGGAAAAGAUGA